GAUCCACUCUGCCUACGGGACCCCAGUUAGGUAUGUCAACUUUUUUUUUAAUCGCAAACAUUAUUUGAUUGAUAUGCCUCUUGGCGAUAAGAUCCAUACAUUGCGCGCAGCUUAGAAAACGCUAUCAGAGAGACAAACGAUAUUACGCUUGUAGAAGCAAGUGAUAAUAGGAUAAUAGUUAUCUUCUGACAAUCUCAAUUGCUCUACUGAGACUCUUGCGCCAUUAUGUCGACUAGCAUUACUGAACUCGAACAGAAGCAAGAGCUUCAGGGCAUACGCAAGAACGGCAAACAAUGGCAUCCGCCGCGAAAAGCAUUCCGCCCUGGAUCCGGUUUGACUUCGUAUGAGCAACGAACAAAAUUACGCACGGCGACGGCUGCGACGAAGGCAAGGGAAAAGGAAAUGAAAGAAGAAAAGGAGGCAGAAAGAAAGCAACGGGUUCAAGCCAUCAAGGAGAAGCGCGCAGCGAAAGAGGAGAAAGAGAGAUAUGAAAAGAUGGCAGAGAAGAUGCACAAAAAACGAGUCGAACGUCUAAAGAGAAAGGAAAAGCGCAACAAGCUCCUUAAUUCAUGAGCCGCCCAGAUAUCCUAGAGAACUACGUCUACGAUUAUUUCCUUAUAUAUUAAGGAGUAGUGGACACGAGCGACGAGUCGACUUAAUAGUAACAGCAAAGGCAGCCUGUAGGAUCAAAACUCUUUUCUGUCGAUGGAUAUGGAUUCUGAGAGAUUUAUGGGCACGAAGAUAAUCAGGAAUCGGAUCCAGGUCGGCUUAUUAUCCAAGAUUGGGAAAAGGCAGAUGGUAUCCAACACACGGGAUUCCGCAAUGGGUGUUGCCUUAAAGCAAGUAGUGACAAUUUGAGGUCGACAAGGCAGACAGGGAGCAAGUCGAACUGUGCGCAACGGGAUAGCGCCCAACUCUGCGACGGUCGACACAGCUAGUAAUAUAGCAUCACAUCCACAUUACCUAGGUAGCCUACAACUCACAAUCUUUGAUUUAACAUCCCAAGUCUUCACAUCUGUCAUUCUGCUGGGACUAACAGUGCUAUACGAUAUCUACAUUCUAGUCAUACGAGCUUACUACAUUUUACACGUGUAGAUGGGUGUUAUAGAUGCAUACAUACAUAGGUAG